GUAGGAUUUGUCAUUUUCUAAUUCACUGUGACUUGAAAAUGGUUGAAACUUGAUAUCAUAGCUGCUAUUAUCAACUUCAGGACGUACCAACAAGAGCUGUCAGUCAAAUCAUCAAGCUUAUUCUCAAAUAAAAAACACAAUUGAGUUAAUGUCUGGAUGGUAACGUGCUUUGCUAUUACUAUCAACACUUGAGAAAAAUUUGCAAGAUGGAGUCAAUUAGCUUUCUUCAUGAUCUCAGAUAUACUACUUCAAAGGUUAUCAUCCCUAAACGGUGCACUGUCAAAGUAACAUGGCCAGACCGGGAUGCUCAUACAAAUCUAACAUAUAUUGACUCUGAUAUUUAUGUCUCUUUUAAGGAAAGAUACAGGGGGUGUGAGCCACCAGAUAGUACCAAUUUACCUUUCAGAGCUGAACAUGAUUCUAUCAUAACUCAAAAUGAUUAUGAACAUCCCGAAUGCUCACAUGUGUUAGGUGCUCAAUUUAAUCACAAGCUAGCUUUUUAUUCUGAAGAAAAAUCGAAGGAUGGAACGCGUAGCUGUCUUGAGCUUGAAAUGACCAAGGCUGGGGUUGAGAUCAAAAGGUUUAACAACAUCAUGCUGGAACGCGGUGCUGAUGAAAACUACAACGAAGGGUUCAACAAUAUCAACCUGGUUAAAGAUGGGAAAUUGAAUAUUUCUUAUAAUGAUGAUAACUCUUCGGAAGAUAGUAAUGACUUUUUAACACCAAGCUCAACCAAUACCACUACAACAGAAUCAUGCGUGCCAGCUGCGGACUACAAAUUUGGACCAAAUCUUGAUAUAGUGUUCAAAUACAGUUUUUACACGGGUGACCAUGGCGUAUUCACUUGCGUUAAGAGUCCUUUCUCUGGAACAAAUCCAAUGAGGGUGUAUAUUGGCAAAUGUUAA